AUGAACGAUCAGUCUCAGAUGAUGAAUCAAUCGAAAAUGGCGAAUCAGUCGCAGAUGAUGAGUAUCGGACAGCCGUUGCCGCCUGUGAUGAGUCAGCCACAGCAGGUAAUGAAUAACCAGAACCCUCAGAUGUUUGUGAACCAGUUGAUGAAUCCUUCGCAAAUGAUGGUGAAUCAAUCGUUGAACCACCGUGGUGGUGGUGGUGGCUAUGGCAUGUGGCCUCCGCCACAAGUGGAUCAACUCAAGUUCCAAAACCUUAACAUGAAGCCUUCUGGACUUCCUUCGUCUUCAUUGAAGUCUAUGGGACCAAGAAACAACAAGAAUUGGAAAGGGAAGAAAGGAAAUGACAAAUGGAUGAAUAACAACAACAACCGGAAGGAAUUACCGGUGAUGGGCGGAGGUGGUAGUCUUAUCAACAACACCGGCGGCGGUGGGGCUGGAUAUAACCCCCCUACGCUUAACGAACUACAACAACAGAAUCGUUUGAAAGCUAGAAGAUACUUCCCGAAGAAGAAGUUCAAUCAUAACGGCAGAUCCGCUCCUUUUGCUCCUAGAAACACCACAUCGUUUCUAAUCCGCGCCAAAAAAGCCGGCGGCAUUACAUCUCUAGUAUCACCAUGUCCGGUAACACCUGCUGUUCUACCCACCCCGAUUUUCUCUCCAUCCAGAGAAGUUUUAGUAGACAUGGCGAAAGAAGAGUGGGGUGUUGAUGGGUAUGGAUCAAUGAAAGGGUUAAUCAGACUUAGAUCAAAUGAAGCCGAAGCACCUGAAGAAGAUGAAGAAGAUGAAGGUGGGUCAAGUGAGAGUGACGUUGAAGAACAUGUUGAGGUAGAAAGGAGACUGGAUCAUGACUUGAGCAGGUUCGAAAUGAUUUACCCAAACUACAAUGGCGCUGAUCAUAGUAGUUAUCUUUUGGAAAACAGAGUUGAUGAUCAAGAUACACAUAUAGCUCAACUGGAAGAAGAGAAUCUGAUACUGAAGGAAAGAUUGUUCUUGAUGGAAAGGGAGUUUGAUGAUUUGAGGAUGAGAUUGCAGUGUUUGGAGAGACAAGGAAGGGGAGCAGAAAGACUGAUUGAAGAGGUUGUGGAGAAUGAUUCUGAAAAUGAAAGUGAAAGCAGAGGGUAUGGAAGAUCAAUGGAGGAUAACAAUGAAAGAAGUCAAUGUUCAGAGGAUAAUAACAAUGGAGAUAAUAAUAAUACUGAAUUAAAGCAAUCAGAUAGCAUUGAAAAGGGUGUUCAGACAAUCGAAGAUGUAAAGGAAAACGAUGACAAGAAGAAUGAAGUGUUGGAAGAAAAUGGUAAAGAUGAAGUUGUAAAGGAGGAAGAAAGAGUUGCAGAUAUGGUGUUAUGA